AUGAGAACACACACAAGUACUCCGCACCUACGAAAUACAGGCCUCAAACCAGCUUUACCUGGGGGUGGAAGGUAUAAUGCAAAGUCAAGCAGCGUUGAUAUAUCUCCGAAACAGUUAUCGGAUUACAAAACCAAUGAAACCAGUUCGCAGGUUAAUAUCGACCCGUCCAUUUCCCCAUCUUACGACUCACUGAUGAACGUUGAAUUCCACAGGCAAAUAAAGGAAACUAAUAAAAUAACUUUAGCGUACGAUGCUAUCAACAAAUUGCAAAUUCUUAACCAGUUUGAAAUUAUUAGGGAGAUAGGUACAGGUACACACAGUAAAGUCAAGCUGGGCUAUGAUUUGGUAUUGCAAAGACCAGUCGCGGUGAAGAUAUUAAAUAGGAAGGAGAGGAAACGUAUACAGUUCAAAUUCGAAAAAAAUAUGAAGAUAAGGAAAGAGAUCAAUAUCUUGAAGAAGUGCAACAAACAUCCAAACAUCAUCAAACUCUUUGAAGUCCUUGACGACUUCAAAUCGAGAAAGAUAUACCUUAUACUCGAAUACUGCCCAGGGGGUGAAAUUAGAUGGUGUGCAGAGAAUGUCCAUGAAUUGAGUGCGAAGGGGCCGCCCCUGAUAUCCUUCCAAAGAAGCAGAGAAAUGCUAAGGGAUGUUAUCUCGGGGCUUGAGUACUUGCAUCUACAAGGGAUAAUACACCGAGAUAUCAAACCUGCAAACUUACUGUUAUCCCAAGAAGGUACAGUAAAGAUAUCUGAUUUCGGAGUGUCGUUUAUGAACGCAGAUAAAGCAAAUAAUACCAAGAAAGAGGAUUUUUUGGCAUUGAUCAAAACGGAGGGCACACCAGCUUUUUUCGCCCCAGAGAUAUGUCUUGGGGACGAGAUCUGGGACAAGUUUCACAUAAAUAAAAGUAUACCAGGUUUGAACGCUAAUGACGAAUACUACAUUACAGAAAAGAUCGAUGUUUGGGCAUUAGGGGUUACUGCUUUUUGCUUCCUCUUUGGUAUGUUGCCCUUCAGUUCCAACUUCGAAUUAAAGCUGUUCGACAAAAUCGUAAACAGAUCUUUGAAAUUUCCGAACUGUGCAAAACUAUCUAGGUGUCCAGCAUCUAAACUUACGUCGCCACAUGAGCUUGAAUCUGCCAAGAACUUCAUCGAGUUACUCUUAACGAAAAACCCAAUGGAGAGACCAUCCGUCAGUGAGAUUAAAGUUCAUCAAUUCAUUUGCUGGGACUUCAACAAUAAAGUUCCAGAUGACAACCGAACCAAGGAUACCAAAUUACAACAGAAGCUAAAAUUCUUAACGAAACAACAAGAUCAAGUAAUAUCAUUGACGCAGGAUGAGGAUAACAUAUUAAUGAACCACAACAUUGACGCUUUCAUCACCCCCAAACCACAGCGCAAUGUAAGCCCAUUAGGUUUGGGGAACCAUCGGUCCACAAUACCUGUAAAUGACAGAUUUUCCCCUGAUGCUGGUUCCCCAGGUGAAAUUGUAAGCGUAAGCCCAAAAAGUAGGAACAAACCCCGUAGGUCAAAAACCCCGUUAUCCGACAACGGAGUACAAUUUGAGGGAAACGAUAACGUUGUUGACUUACCUAUAAACUCCUCCUUUGCCUCUCUAGACAGCUUUUACAUUGAGAACUUUGCCAUGACAAGACUUAACCAAGAGACUCAACCGAACCAGUUUUCUACAAAAUUUAAGUCAGCUUCCACACCACUGGUGGGUGGGAACAGAUUUAAUCCCCAGAGCUGCAACAACCCACAAAAAAUGAAAAAAAGAAAAGAAAAGAGGAAACAUUCCAAAAACAGCUCAUACAGUGCAGUAGCUCCCAAUCCGGGUCCAUCAACCAUACUAAAAGUACAGAACGUUCCAUCAUACCCCUCAGCAAGACUACUUAGUAAUGGACCGAACAUUAACAGAGGCCUAUCUCCCCAUCACAAUCAAAGUGGUGCAUCAUUAUCAAGUGAUAGAACAAUGUCGAGCGUUGGUAGCAGAUCUAGACUACAUGCAACUUCUCCUAAUAGUUCGUCAAUACCAAAGCUAACUGCUUUGAACACACAUUCAGAUUCUCCACCGACUGCAUUUGAUGUAAACAGCACUAUACGAGCGAAGUCACCAGGAAUGACGCACCGCCAAGGAAGCAAUUUCAAAGAAGCAUCGGCCACGAGUAGCUCGUCAUCAUCAUGUGUAUCCCAGUUCACAACUUCCCCGGUGCAACCAUCUUAUCACAUCACCUCAGAAGAUGCAAGUGUCGUGUCAUUUAGAAAUUUACCUGGAUUUUCUGCCCUGCUCCCACAGCAACCAAUGGAACAACUCUCAUUGUCCUUCUCUUCUGGCUCCUCAAGUUGCGGAGGUACAGGAUCGUCUGAUUCGGAUUCGGAAUCAGAUGGGGAACUUGUAUUAAACCUAGGGAAGGCAAGUCACAUGAGAAGGCAACAAUCCCAACACACGCAAAACUCGAGCUCCGCCGUUAAUUCACCAUUAACAUCCACAGCCACCAAAAGAGGUUCCCUGUCGCAUUCACUGGGUAAUAAAUCAGCCACUUCUUCUUACACAAAUCUGCGGAUGAACACUGUUAAUGAAAACAACGUUGUCAUGUCGGAAUUUAUUGGCAGUGAUUUGGACUCUAGAGCAUUACUUAAAGGGUUCCUCGAGAAAAAACUAGAUAAUCCUGAGGCGCGAGUAGGUGAGGUGGAUUACUGCACUAGCAACAAUUUGGAAGAAAAUCAUAGUUGA